AUGUCCGCGGCCAUGAGACAGAGGUUCGACCGGUUCCUGCACGAGAAGAACUGCAUGACCGACCUGCUGGCCAAGCUCGAGGCCAAGACCGGCGUGAGCCGGAGCUACAUCGCGCUCGGUGUCAUCGGGCUGUUGGCCUUGUAUCUGAUGUUCGGUUAUGGAGCCUCUCUCCUCUGCAACCUGAUAGGAUUUGGCUACCCAGCCUACGUCUCAAUUAAAGCCAUAGAGAGUCCCAACAAAGAAGAUGAUACCCAGUGGCUGACCUAUUGGGUAGUGUAUGGUGUGUUCAGCAUCGCCGAAUUCUUCUCUGACCUCUUCCUGUCCUGGUUCCCCUUCUACUACAUGCUAAAGUGCGGCUUCCUGCUGUGGUGCAUGGCCCCGAGCCCUUCCAACGGGGCGGAACUGCUCUACAAGCGCGUCAUCCGUCCUAUCUUCCUAAAGCACGAGUCCCAGGUAGACCAUGUGGUGAACGACUUGAAGGACAAAGCCAAAGAGACGGCAGAUGCCUUCGCGAAAGAAGCCAAGAAAGCUGCCGUGAAUUUACUGGGUGAUGAGAAGAAGGGCAUCUAA